AUGGCAACCUCAGUUGAGGCUGUUCAAGACAAGAGCCUAGCACUCGAUCCUGAGGCUAAUGCAGUGUCUCUAACCGAUAGCUCCUCGGAUCGAUUACCCCCGACCACCAAAGAGAAACAGAAAUUACGGAAGAUAGCAGGACGUAUCCCAUGGGUUUCAUAUCUUCUCUGCAUCGUUGAGCUUGCAGAACGAGCCUCAUUCUAUGGUUGCAAGACAGUUUUCAACAACUUCCUCCAGUUUCCACUACCAAAGGGAGGCAAUGGAGCCGGAGCUGUUGCUAAGAACGACCCCAACGGCCAUGCUGGUGCUUUAAACCGAGGCUUACAGUUUGCCUCGGCCAUGGUUCUCCUGUUCAACUUCCUUGCCUAUGUCAUCCCAAUCUUUGGUGCGUGGCUCGGUGACACCAAGACCGGCCGUUUCAGAGCGAUCAUGUAUGGAGUCAUCAUUGGCGGCGUGGCACACGUUAUCAUGGUUGGAGGUGCAGCUCCUGCUAUUCUCAAAGCCGGCAAUGGGCUUGCGCCGUUCAUGGUCAGCUUCUUUCUUCUCGCCAUCGGAGCCGGUCUGUUCAAGCCUAAUGUUGUUCCUCUCAUCAUCGAUCAAUAUACCGACCAGACAGAAUAUGUCAAGACCCUCAAGUCUGGUGAGCGUGUCAUCGUUGACCCUGAGACCACUAUUCAGAGGAUCAUGUUGAUCUUCUAUAUGUGCAUCAACGUGGGUGCUUUCUUCAUGAUCGCUACAACUUACAUUGAGAAGUAA